GCAAUUGAUCACUGUAUGAUACUAAACGCGAGAUAUCUGUAUAUUCCCUGCAGGCAAAAACAACAGCAACAGCAACAACAACCGCAACAGCAGCAACAACAUCAGCAAAAACAACAAUCGCAACAGCAGCAGCAACAGCAACGGCCUAAGGAACAAGGUUCUCAGCAACAGCAACGCCCACAACAGCAAGCACAGCAGCAACAACCCUCUCAACAACAGCAACAAUCCCACAAACAGCAACAUCCGCAACAAAAACAGCAACAACGCCCUCAAAAAGAUCAGCAACAAUUCCAACAAGAUCAACGUCCACAACAACAGCAGCAACAAUUCCAAAAACAGCAACGUCCGCAACAACAAGAACAGCAACAACAACGCCCUCAACAACAGGGACAGUCAUGGCGACCGCAGUCACAUGAUCCAUCCCCGGCGUCUGGAUCGCAUUCGCAUUCGUCGUCACCGUCGCAUGCUGCGGCCCUCGAGCGGGUUGAGGAGGAUUUCAGCAAGAUCAAGAUUGACAAGCAGAAAAUCCACUCGUCAGCACUGCUGCCCGUGCUGAUGCGUCCAAAUGCCCACGGCACCCGUGGAAGGGCAAUAAAAGUGGAGGUCAACUACAUCCAAUUGCUGCUGGAGCGCCUGAUCCCUACGGCGUACCACUACGACGUGGAUAUUCAGCCGGCCGCGUCGCGCAAGUGGCAACGCCUGGCCUUUAGCGAGUUCACCAAGCAGAUGUUCCCGAACCACGGAUUCGCUUUCGAUGGGCACAAAAAUGCCUAUGCGGCUCGACGCCUACAGGCAGAUGUCUACGAGCAGGAGGUCAAGGUCCGGGACGAAGGCCGUGAACGCAGAUUCAAGGUGGCUAUGAAGGAAGCUGCCGUUCUGGACAUGACUUGCCUGAAAACGUACAUGAACAACGGCAGCACGCUCGAUAAGCCCAUGUCUGCUAUUCAGUGUCUGGACAUAGUGCUGCGGACCGCGUACGAAAAUAAUCCUAGAUUUAUCAAGUUCAAGAAAUCCAUUUACGUCAAACCAGACCGACCGGACGAUAUUGGAAGCAACCAUGAGCUGUGGUACGGUCUGUUCCAGUCGGCCCUGUUGGGCGCCAGGCCAUUCUUGAACAUCGAUGUUUCCCACAAGGCAUUCCCAACCGGUGGGCCAGUUCUCAGAAUAUUGGUCGACAUGAAUCGGGGACAAGUUCCGGAUCGAGUUACGGACUGGAUGAGCAGAGAUCUUCACGAUUUCCUCAAAGGCAUGGAGCUUUCGUACACGGGACCGGACGGAGUUUCCAAACUUUUCAAAUAUAAUUCUAUUAAAAGCCCGGCGAAUCAGCAAAAAUUCAAGCUUGAAAAUGGCACUGAAAUGACCAUUGAUCAAUACUUCCGGUCGAAGAACAAACAACUUCGGUAUCCUUCUCUGCCGGUUCUACAUGUUGGAAGCCUCGUGCGCAACGUAAUGCUGCCGAUUGAACUGUGCAGUAUUCCGCCAGGACAGGCCCUCAACAAGAAACACCCGGAUCAAUGCACUCAGUUCAUAAUUAGGAAGUCGGCCACCGAUACCGCAACCCGAAAGCGCAAAAUCAUGGAUUUGUUCAACCAGAUCGGCUACAACAAUGCUCCAACCAUCAAAGAAUUUGGAGUGAGCGUCGGAAAUAACUUCGAAACGGUUGACGGCCGUAUAUUGGAUCCUCCUGAGCUGUCCUACCGCAAUGACCGUAGGGUAAAACCAAUGAGGGGAGUUUGGCGGGCUGACAACAUGAACUUCAUAAUCCCGAGUACGGAGAUUACAAGACGGGAAUUGAGUUGGACAAUAUUGAACCUGGACGGCAGAACUCGUCCAGAUGCCAUCGACGAGUUUGGACGUAACAUUUAUCAGAUGUCCCUAAAGCAGGGUGUCCAACUACAGCAGUUCAGCAUGAAGAACAAUUUCUAUGAACCUAGAGAUAUGAGAUUCGCCGUGAAGGAUCUGGACAACAUUUUUGAUGAGCUCAAAAAGCGCAAAAUUGAUUUGGUGUUUGUGGUAAUUCCAUCCCCGGGAAGAGACGGCGACGUGUACGCCAAAGUUAAGCAAAAGGCAGAACUUUGCGUUGGGCUGCUCACCCAAUGUAUCAAGAGCUUCACAUUGGAUAAGAAACGAGGCGAUAUGAGCACCAUCAGCAAUAUUUGGCUCAAGAUCAACGCCAAAACGAACGGUUCCAAUCACGUGUUGGCGAAAAAUUUCAAACCGCCGAUUGCACGCAAAACGGUGAUGUACGUCGGAGCCGAUGUAACCCACCCUUCGCCGGAGCAAACAAAUAUCCCAAGUGUGGUGGGAGUGGCCGCUUCAUACGAUCUCGAGGGUUUCCGUUACAAUUGCUGCUACCGUCUGCAAGGGCCCAAAGACGAGAUGAUUAGAGAUCUGCAAAAUAUCGUUAUCAAACAGCUGAGACAGUUCAAGCAGACGAACCAAAGUCUUCCGGAACUCAUCAUGUACUACCGCGACGGAGUCUCCGAGGGUCAAUUCCAAGAGGUACUGACCAUAGAACUUCGUGCCAUGCAAGCGGCGGCUGCUAGUGUCCAACAGGGUUACAAACCGAAUAUCACCUUCAUUGUGGUCCAAAAGCGACACCAUGCCCGUUUCUUCCCGACUGCCAACUGCCCGACUGAGGGAAGAAACAACAACGUUCAGCCGGGAACUAUCGUUGACCGUUACAUCACUGCUCCGAACCAGUAUCAAUUCUUCCUGGUUUCACAUGCUGCUGUGCAAGGUGUGGCCAAACCCACCAAAUAUUGUGUGCUUUACGAUGAUGAAAACUGUAACCCCGAUCAGUUGCAAGCGCUGACUUACUAUCUGUGCCACAUGUUCACGCGCUGCAAUCGAGCUGUGUCCUACCCGGCUCCAACCUAUUAUGCACAUCUGGCAGCCUACAGAGGACGCGUCUACAUCAAAGAUCGUCCUCUGAACAUGAACAACCUGACCAAGGAGUACGAGAGAAUGCAGAUCAGGACCGAGAUACAGGACGGUCACCCGAUGUUCUUUGUUUGAAUUCCCACGAGAAAGGGAAAAUUCAUUUAUAUUUUUUAAACUACCCAUAACAAAUAUUUUUUCUGUGCAGUAUAAAUCGCUAUUUGCGACUACUACAACUAAUCUGAUAUUUAAAAAUAUAUUAUAUAAUCGAAAGGAAUCACAUCAUCCAUCAAAACAAAAUUUAUAAAUUUUAUGAGAUACAUGAAUGAGCUAAAAUAUCAUCUUUACACAUUACUUAAAUAACAUUGGACAAAAAAUGACUGACGUUUAAUGUGAUUCCGCUAUACCCACAAA